AUCCAUUUUCCCGUGAAAAUGUCUCUCUUUAGGUAAACCCUAGACGAAACUGCUAGGGCUUUGCAUCAACGAGCUUAAGCUCUAUUGAGGAGGAAGUCCCCGAAAACAUGCAUAGACCACUAGCGAGGGUUCCUCUGAGGUCAAUUGCGGAAUCGUUGUGCAAAUCGAAACCGCGCGAACAUCCAUUACUGUUACAGGGACGAAGAAAUGUUGCUGAAAAUCUGGGAUUUUCUCGAGCCCAUACAACAUCAAAGGGUCUGGAGUUCUUGGUGUAUGGAACAGAAUCAACUACAAGAUCCAUGCAGAUGCAAAUUGUUGAUGCACUUCGCUGCGGUGAGAGAAGCAAAGCUUCUAAUCUGCUUUUAGAUCUUGGUCAUGGAAACCACUCAUUGAGACCUGCUGAUUUUGUUCAUAUUCUUAACUACUGUGCUAGAUCACCUGAUCCACUGUUUGUCAUGGAAAUUUGGAGGUUAAUGGAGGAAAGAGAGAUUGGCCUGAACAACAUAUGCUAUUUUCUUAUCAUACGAGCUCUCUGCAAAGGGGGUUACUUGGAGGAGGCAUAUAAUUUGAUAAAUUUUCUUGGAGAAAGGCACGGCAUUUAUCCAAUUCUAUCUGUGUACAAUGGUUUCCUGAGAGCCUGUGCCAAAAUGCGAAGUAUAGUUCAUGCCAACCAAUGUUUGGAUCUGAUGGAGCACAGAAUGGUGGGGAAGAAUGAAGUUACAUAUUCAGAGCUGCUCAAGCUUGCAGUUUGGCAGCAAAAUGUCUCUGCCGUUCAUGAAAUUUGGAGGGAGUAUGUAAAACACUACAGUUUCACCAUAUUUUCUCUGCAAAAGUUUGUUCGGUCUUUUUCAAGGUUGGGAGACUUAAAAUCUGCAUAUGAGACUUUACAACAUAUGGUGGCUUUAGCCAUCAGGAGAAUCAUUUUUGUUAAUAGAACUGCUGAAGGAAAGCUAUAUUCUUCAAGAUUGGACAUUCCUAUACUUUCAAAUGAUGGAUUAGGAAGGAAAUUUGACUUGGAGGGAAAUGAACAUUCUGUUCCUUCCAUACACUGUAGGAAGAUUGAUACUUAUCCUAGUAACAUAGAGCAAUGUACUCCUCCUAGCAUGGGAAAUAGGGAAGCUGAGAGUGGCGGACUAGGUAUGCUUAAUAAAUAUGAAAACAGGCUUGUUAUGAAGGUUUUGAGGUGGUCAUUCAGUGAUGUGAUACACGCAUGUGCACAAGCUCGAAAUUGUGGGUUGGCAGAGCAGUUAAUCCUACAGAUGAAAAAUCUCAGGUUGCAACCGUCAAGCCAUACAUAUGAUGGUUUUGUUAGAGCAGUUGUUUCUGAGAGAGGUUACAUUGAUGGCAUGGAAGUGGUAAGUUAUAUUUGUUUAUUGCAUACAUCAGUUGUCUUCAUAACUUGUUUCUACCAACUUGCUGAAUUUCUUUAUUGUCCUCUUUGGACUUCUUUUACAUAGAGAUGUUUUCUUCGAAAAGGUAUAAGUAGACCACUAGACUCUAUCCUUUAUAAUAG